CACCAAUUUCCCAUCUCUUCACCAUGAGAGAGGUUGGGGUUCACUUCUUCCCUUCACCCUGUAGUUGAUAGUUUUGGAUUUGGAGGCGAUGCUGGAGUAGAGAUGGCAGAUAGUGUCAAGAUCUUCCUUAAUGAUCUCAUUAGGGGAAUUAAGGAUUCCAUAUGGGGGAUCUGCACAAUCUCCAAACUGGAUGCUCGGAUCCAGCAGAAAAGGGAAGAGCAACGGAAAAGGAGAGCAAGCAGCGUACUUGCUCAACGAAGAGCACAGAGCGAGGAGAGGAAGCAGGAGAAUGAACCCCAGAUUGUGAGCCGAAUAUUUCAGUGUUGUGCAUGGAAUGGAGGUGUAUUUUGGCUUAGUCUUCUUUUGUUCUACCGGGUCUUUAUACCUGUCCUUCAGUCAGCAACAGCACACAUCAUUGGUGACCCUUCGUUACACGGUGAUGUCUGGUCUUGGUUGGAGUUUAUCCUCACCUCCAUCUUCAGUGCACUUUGGGUCCUUCCUCUCUUUGUGCUCAGUAAAGUUGUCAAUGCCAUCUGGUUUCAGGACAUCGCUGAUCUGGCGUUCGAGGUGUCGGGAAGGAAGCCUCAGCCAUUCCCCAGUGUCAGUAAAAUAAUUGCUGACAUGCUGUUUAAUCUUUUGCUGCAAGCUCUUUUCCUUAUCCAGGGGAUGAUUGUAAGCCUGUUUCCCAUCGAUAUCAUUGGCCAGCUGGUCAGCCUACUUCACAUGUCGCUGCUCUAUUCGCUGUACUGUUUUGAGUACCGCUGGUUUAACAAAGGAAUUGAAAUGCAUCAACGAUUAUCCAACAUUGAAAGAAACUGGCCCUAUUACUUCGGAUUCGGUUUACCACUGGCUUUUCUCACUGCAAUGCAGUCGUCUUACAUUAUCAGUGGCUGCCUGUUCUCCAUUCUUUUUCCUCUGUUUAUUAUCAGCGCCAAUGAAGCAAAGACUCCAGGAAAAGCAUACCAUUUCCAGUUGCGCCUCUUUUCCUUGGUGGUCUUCCUGAGCAACAGACUCUUUCACAAGACGGUCUACUUUCAAUCCACCCUGAGCAGUUCUUCGUCGGCCGACCGGCUGCCCUCUCCGCACCCAUCGCCUGCCAGGCAAAAGGCACCUUUAGUGCACUGAACCCUAACCAAAGCGGGGAGGCAGAGAGAGCGCCGU